AUGCAUGUGGAACUGUUAGAUCGAAUCGAAAAUGUCUUCCAAUUACAAGAGACAACUAACUGCAAAGAGCCAAUUGGGCAACAAGCAAUAAGGGGAUUUUCUUUUUAUAAAUGCAAAGAUGGAAAAGCAUUUCAUAUUUUAUCUUCUCUUCACUCACCAGAUGACAAACUAUCUGUCAACAGGAAAGACAAAGAUGGAAGUACUUCUAAAGUUCAAUGUCCCUUAUCAUUGAAGGAUUAUAAUUAA